AUGUGUAAAUGGACCAAAAUAGACAUAGCCAAAAUGAAGGAAAGAAUUUUAAACAGCAAACUACAUGUUUUAACCUUUGCAACACAUGAACAAGGGUACUUCAGAACGUUACAGGAAAGCUGCAAGAGCUUGAACAUAGAUUUGCAAAUUCUAGGAAUGGGGAAUAAAUGGGAAGGAUUUAUUGCCAAGUUGAUUAAAGUGAAGGAGUACCUCAAAUCAUGCAACGACAAAGAUAUCAUUCUUUUUGUAGAUGGAUUUGAUACAUUUUUUGUUCAACCAGCAAAUGUAAUUAUUGAAAGAUACAUAAUAAAUUAUGAUAAUUUAUUUGUAUGUACAAGUGAAAGUACCUACUCGAGUAAUUUAUUUUUUUUAAGAGUUAUUGAAAAUAUGCAUUUAAUUUUUCAUAAUAGCAUUUUUAAAAAUAAUGAUAACACUCAAUGGGAUUCAACAAAUAUUAAGGAAAAAUAUAAAGACUUCACCCAUUUUCAUAAAAAUUUAAAUUUGUUAAAUUCAGGGGGAUGGAUAAGUAACGUCUUUCUGGCAAAAAAAAUUUUGCAAUACAUACCUUCUUUUAUUGAGAACGAUCAAAUAUUUCUGACUAACUUAUACUUAGACUGUAAUUAUUUAUUAAAAUUUAAACAAGACAAAUCUCUCAUUUGUAAAAAAAAAAAUAAUUUCCUUGAUAAUUGCAAUCCUCAAGAAAAUGUAAAAUAUUACAACAGAAUAAUUGUUGACAAUCACAAUAUUAUAUUUCAUUUAUUUCGAAGCAAAGAAAACGUAGUCCUUUUAAGUUAUCAAGAUUGUGUCAAUUUUUUUCCCUUUCGUCCUUUGCUUAACUCUUAUUACCUGAACGGACAGGUGAAAACGACCAGCGUGGUAGAAAAAAAAAAAAAAAAAACAGCUAUUUCUUCCAUAAUGGAAUUUUUAAAAAAAAAAAAAAAGGGAGAAGACGGGAGUGAGAUGAGUGAACAAAAAUUAGGCGAAGACAAAACGGAUGACUUGAAAUUCCACGCUAAUGGGGAAUAUUCAAAAAAAAAAAAAAAACUUGUUCAGGAAAAUAACAAAAGUGCGGUCGAAUGGAUGAAGCAAAAAACAAUUCUGGAUGAUGUUUAUAUGGAUGAAGGAGAACGAAAAAUAGGUCAAAUAGAAAAAACGUUCAACUAUUCCAUAAUUGAUACGCAUACACACACCUCUCCGUGCGUUCUUCAUAUGCACUGCCUUCGAAAUAUCGAUGGGAUAAUUAGUACCAUGGGAUUGAAAAAUUUGUAUACAUCCAAAUGGUAUAGUAAUAUAUGGUACCUAUUUUACAGCUUAAAAGGCACACUGAAUUUUAAUUACUUUAGCCUUCUAUUUUCAACGGUUGUUGCUGUUGUCACCCUUUUGUUAAUUCAGAUGAAAUACUUAUUAGCAUUUUUAAAAUAUAUUGACACAGCUUUGGGUAUAAAUUUUAUCAGGGCAGAAGGGCACAUAAGCAGAACAAUGUUCCUGCUGGAUGAUAUUGUAUUUUCUUGUUUUGUUUCUUUCAUUUUGGCCAUUUUGUUUUGGAUUUUUUACAUUUUUAACAAGAAGAUGGGGUAG